AUGUAUAUCCAGGUGAGCUUUUAUGUCCUCCUUGUAGUUGUCAGCUUGUUAAUGGUAUUGAAAUGGAGACCUCAAGACAAAAAUGCCAAUAUCAAAGUCUAUAGCCGAGAUCUUAUGCUUAUUUCCCCAAUCUGUGAGCGACAAAAAUAUUUUAUUGCUUAGAGGUGGUUAUUUUUUUUUUAAAAAUUUAUUUGCAAAAUUUAGAUGUAAUUUAUUUAAAAUUAAUAGAAUUUAUUUCAUUAUACUAAUAAUUAUUCAUAUAUGAUUUUUUUUAUAACAAAUUUGUAUAUCUAACAAAUUUAUUGUUCGCUCAUGAAGGUGGGUUUUUUGGGCAAAAAAUAGGGAUUUUUCCAAUAUAGUUUUGUUCGUCCCAGGAGGUGGGGAGUUAGUUAUCUCCCAAGUUCCUUGAAGCCUCAAAAAUAAAAUGGUGACGUUUAUGAAAAUUGAUCUCUGAGAUACACUCCUAUGAACAGGUAGGAGCCAUCCUGAUGAAUGGGAAAAUAGGGCCUCUGCCCCUUUUUGAAGUAAACCUUCAAGUUUGGGGAUACUUGGAAGAAGAGGGAAACUUUGUUUCUCCCACAAAGGUUUUUCUGUCCUGCCAGAUGGGGUAGACAGUCUUGCAUAUAGCAUGAUCUUCUCUCAUCAGACCAACGGGCACUCUACAGGUAGUGGCUCUACCUAGGGAGCUCAUCUAGCUGGAAAUCCAAUUGCGACAUUCUGGAGCCAAGGUGGGUGACGGCUAGUGCGUUACCCCAUUAUGGCCAGUGCAAUCUUUUAAUUUAAUUUGAAGCCUCCUAAAGAUUGAAAAUCAAUCGAUGAAGCAAAACGUAAGUUCAUUAGCAAGAAAACUAAAAAGAAAACUUCGAAACCAAAAGUCUCGAAAUCUAAACAAGAGGAAGCAAAUGAAAAUAAAGAAAAUCUUGUACAUGUAGAUCAAAAUAGCCUAGAGAAGGGAAGUGAUUUAAAAAAAUCUUAUGAAGAGUCAGUUAAAACUUUUGGAAAAUUGAACACAGAAGCUUAUGAAAAUUUUAUUCAAAAAUCCCUUGACCAAAACGAUAUAAAAUCAGCAUCCUUUUUCUUAGGUGAAAUGGAUAAUUUGGGUCUUGAGGUGAAGAGGGCAUUGUUAAAUUCUUAUCUAAGUGUGUAUAAUUCUCAGAAAAGACCUUUAUAUACCAGAAAUGAGAAAACUUAUGCACAUGAGUUCCCAGCAGGGCUGUCUCUUAAUCCAAAUGCUGCUGAGUUUGUUCCUACUAUUAAAAUAGCAAAUAAAGAUAUGGUUGAAUAA